AUGCUAACUCCAGGUUCUGGAGAGGAAAGUAGUUAUUCCUCUGAAGAUGAAGAGGAUAUUGAGUGCCAGAUUUUGGAAAAGGAGAGAGAUGAGGCGAACCAGAAGCUGUCCGAGAUCGAACAGGUGUCUCUCCAGCUCCUGAAAGAGAUCGAUGCCCUGGAGAUGCAGUUCCAGAUCGAGCGCUCGUGCCGGGAGAGUGCGGAGGCCUUCGCAGUGAAGAUGACAAAGGAGAACAAAGUGCUGAAGAGAAGGAGCCAAGCCCUGAUACCACUCAUCCGCGAACUUCCUGAAAACCUCCACGCGCUGACCUUUGACCCCGAGCCUGACCCCGGGCCCGAAACAGACCCUGACGAUGGCGUAUCAUCCAUUCUGCAGUGCCAGUCCCAAAUCCGAGACCUGCAGGGUUCUCUGGAUCAGCUUCUGGGGGAGAAGUUGCAGUUGUCUGAGCAGGUGGAGGAGCUGAAGAGAGAGCAGGCCAAACUCAGAGAGCAGCUAGCCAUGGAGGUGGAGGAGAAGGAGGCCAUACUGAGGAAACUAAACAAGCAGAACAGAACUUUGACCAAAAUGAAACGAGUGUCCGAGCUGGUGUCCCAGGAGUUCAGUGACAUCACCCAGAAGCUGGAGCUGGAGCACGGACUCCGUCAGCACGCAGAGGCGUUUGCCCACCAGAUGCUGGUGAAGCAAAGGGAGACCCAGAGACAGAGCAUGCUUCUGAUGCAGAACGCAGACACGGGCCCCCAGCUCCAGCAGGCGCUGGAACAGGUGGCCCAGAUCAGCAGCACCCUGGAGGAGAUCCGGCUCCAGCACCAAAGCCAGGUGGUGCAGACGCAGGCCGCCGCGGAGGAGACCAGCGCGCUGGCAGAACUGCAGAGCAUCCGAGCUCAGCUGGAGGAGAGCGAGCGGGAAAGGAGAGACACGGAGACCCAGCUGAGAGACGCCCAGCGCAGCAUCACCGAGCUGCAGGAGGAGGUCAAGCAGCUUCAGGAUAGGCUGAAACAGGCAGAAGUCAAAACCACCCAAUCAGAUCAACAACAGGAAGAUGGCUCCACCCCUGCUCCGCCCCCAACACCUCCUCCACCACCUCCUCCACUACCACCCCCUUCCUCAGCUGAAGUCGACCCUCUAGAUGCCCUGAGGAAAAGGAAGAAGAAUCCCUCCAGCACCUCAGAUAAAAACAGUCAGUCACCCUCACCAGACACGAAGGCCAGAGCAGUGGAGGAGAUGAUGGAGCGAAUCAAGAAGGGGAUAGUGCUGAGACCCACCCAAAAGCCGCAGCAUGUCGGGUCGGAGGAUGACUGGAGGGAUCAGAGGAGCGAUAAGAGGAAGUCUGCAGUCCUCGAGCUGCAAGGAAUGCUGAACUCCAUGAGGCCGCAAGGCCACAGAAGGGGGAUGUCCCGAAAGAGGAUCAGCCGCCAUGUCGGAGAGUCGGAGUUGCAGGCGGUCCUACAGAGGAGGAGGAGGGCCAUGGGGGGCGACCGGGAGUCUCCGACCCCGCCCAAAACCCAGGAUCCACAACCGGCAAGCCCCGCGAACAGCACCCUGCCCUGGGCAGGAGAGAGCGGCAGCGCCCCCGUGCUGCGGAGGCUGAAACAGAACAGGGAGAAGAGGGAUUCCCGCAUCAGGGCCUCCGAGUGUGUCAUCUUCGAGAACAGCUGAGACCUGCAGGCGGGUAGAGGUUCACUGGAUGCAGGGUCUCGGGGAGAUUCACAAAAUGAUUGAUUCACCAUGUAAGACAGCUUGAGGGUGCAAAACAACCUCACUCCAGACAAUACUUGAUAAAAGUAUUGUCUCCCAU